AUGAGUCGGAAAACGCAGAAGGAAAAAAUUCUUCAGGUGGUCGAGGAAGUAAAGACCGGUGAAAUUCUAAGUUACCGAUGUGCGGUGGACAUCGACAAUCCGCACAAGUGUUCAUACACCCAGAAACAGUUUAUUGCGGGUAAUUUUAAGCGCCACUUUCAGACCAACCAUCCAGACGCUUUCAAAGUGUUGGCUCUGGAAGAAACUAAAGAAGAAGAGCCUACGCCAAAGAAACCUAAAGUGGGAAAGCUUCCGGUUGAUAUAGAAAAGAGAGAUGGGUGGCUCGGUCUGCUUCAACUGGUUACUUGCAAUAAUUUACCAUUUAAGUUUAUUGAAUGGUCAGGUGCAAAAACAAUUUUACGUCCUGUGUUGAAAGCUUGUGGGGCUGACAAGUCACGCCACGAAAUUGCAGAAUAUGUGCGAACAGCAGCUACCAUAAUCCGUGAGAUUUUACGGUCAAAGUUUGAAAAACGGAUUGUGAAUAUUAAAAUUGACUCCGCAUCCCGUCGCGGUCGUUCUGUUUUUGGCAUCAACGCGCAAUAUGCGGAUGCUGAGGGCAACGUGCAAAUAAGGCAUCUGGCUGUACACGAGAUGAUUGAACGGCAAACCAAAGAAAAUUUGGCAAAAGUUAUUGUCGAAGAGCUGGGAACGUUUGGUGUGGAUACAGAUCAAAUUUUCGCCAUUGCACAUGACAACGGUGCUAAUAUGUGUGCAAGCGUGAAACUUUUAAAAAGUUUGUCGAAGCCCGUCUCAGACGAGGAAGCUCCGCUCAGCAAUAUGCUCGUCAAUGAGUUUAAACUGCUGGACGAGUACGGCAGCGACGAAUACGAUUGUGCGUGUAGCGAAGAAGUUACCGAAGAAACUGUUCAAGCCACAGUAGACGAAAAUGAGGAAGUUGACGAUUUUGAGAAUGGCGAAGAUGGAUCUCCUGACAUCUUGGUCAAUGACGAUGACAUUGAAGAGCCUGAAAUAAUGAACAGCAUCAGAUGUGGGGCACAUACAGCCCAGCUUGUUGCGUAUGACGUAAUCAAGCUGUAUAAAACAAGACUGGCCAAAAUUAACAAAAUAUGUCUAGCGAUGCAUCACAAAGUCAACAGGGAGCUAUUUCUGUUGCACAGAAUUCCUCUUCCUCCAAAAGUGAAUGAAACCCGCUGGGGUGUAUGGUUCAUCUUGCAACGAUAUCUGCAAAUAUUAAGAACAAAGCCAUUCCUAUCAACCUUACAGGCUCAUGAUCCAACUCUUGAUUUGAACACCCAUUGGAAUUUCAUCGACCGUUUUUGCGAAGCAUUUGAACCUUUGUACGUGCUUACUUUGAAACUACAAAAGAACCAUGUCCCCCUUUCGGACUUUUAUGCUGAUUGGUUGAUAUGCCAGGCAGAAUUGCAUGCAAUGAAAGGGAAGAAAAACACGUUAGCUGCGAAACUCCUUGCAUCGAUGGAGAAGAGAAUCCAAAAACUGAGCUCCAGCAUGGCUUUCAAGGCCAGCUUAUAUUUAGAUCCCCGGUUCAACUUUGCUGGAUCUCGCCGCUUAAGUUUGUCUGACAAAAAAGAUGUACAGGAAUACCUCAUUGCUCUGAACGACCGACUCGGGACAGUAGAAGGAAUACCAGCAACUGCGGAGGUUGAUGCUGAAACAUCGAGCAACAAUGGAAGUUUUGUGGAAGAUUACUUGACAGACUUCUUUGAUGAAGGAAGCGUUGAAACAUCUGCAUGCAGCUCAGCUAAAGCCUCAGCAAACGAGUCGUUGCUAUUCGAUUUAAAAAAACUGGAAAAUCGGGAGAAGGUCAAUAUCACGAUCGGUAAUCCUAUUGACUCAUGCAAAAGCUCCAACAACUCCAAUCCGCCGUCUUCCUGUACUACGACUAAAAACCAACCAGGCAAAUCGGCAUUUCAUUCAACCAAAGCAGGAUCCGGUUCUACAUCUUCGCGUUUCGAUGUACUCGAGUACUGGAAAAAAAGAAAGUUUUCAAGUCCUCGUAUAUAUCGUCUAGCAAUGAUUGUAUUGUCUGCACCAUCAACCCAAAUAACUGUGGAACGGUUAUUCAGUCAGGUUAAGUUUAUUCUGACUGAUUCCCGUAAUCGACUUUCUGAUGUAUCUAUAAAGGACAUUAUGAUCCUUAAAAUGAAUGAAGAUUUGUUGGGAGAAGUAGUGGACAUACUCCUAGAACGCCACAUUGGUUGA